AUGGCAGCCAAGAGCGAUCCGAGGUGGCCGCGGCUGUUACUGUGGAGACUGUGGCAGGCCCGGGGGGCUCCGCGAAUGCCGGCGCCGGGCCUGGGCCUCGAAGCGAGGACGUACUCCCGGGGCGACGGCCCCUACUCGCGCACGGCGCUCUACGAGCUACUUGGCGUCCCCUCCACAGCCACGCAGGCGCAAAUCAAGGCCGCCUACUACCGGCAGAGCUUCCUCUACCACCCGGACCGCAACUCCGGGAGCGCCGAAGCCGCGGAGCGCUUCACGCGCAUCUCUCAGGCCUACGUGGUGCUGGGCAGUGCCACCCUGCGUCGCAAGUAUGACCGCGGCCUGCUCAGCGACGAAGACAUGCGCGGACCAGGCGUCCGCCCCACCAAGACGCCCGCCGCCGACCCGGGUUCGCCCUCCGCGCGGCCGCCCGCCUCUCGCCGCCCCAGCGGAGGUCAGACCGCACCGGGCGCCAGCCGCACCAUCUUCGACUUCGACGCCUUUUACCAGGCGCACUACGGAGAACAGCUAGAGCGCGAACGGCGCCAGAGGGCCCGGCGUGAAGCCCUUCGCAAGCAGCAGGAGGAGCGGGCCAAGAAGGGCUUCCAGUGGGACGAGACCCGGGACACAGCUUUCGUUUUCCUUCUCCUCACACUCUUCAUCCUCGUCGGCUUUCGUUUUUAACGGAGAGAGGAGGCAAGGGGAGCAGCCCCAGCCAGCCUCCAGAAAAUGGCCUUUCCAGUCCCUGGAACCUUUUGCCUUCCAUAGUCUACCUCUUCUGGGGUCCGAAGAAGGAACUGCUCUUCUGUUCUUCCCCACCUGUCCAACUUGGCCGUUGACCUGCACAACCCUCCCCUAUGCUCCAGAAAAGGAAGCUUUCCGAUGUCUAAGAAAGAGGCCCCAUGAUGAACAGCCCUGAAAACCCGAGAUUGAAGGGUUUUCUGGGGCCACUCCCAGAUGUUGGUUUCCCGAUGUUGUCAGUUUCUGGAACACAUGGUCUGGCUUUAUUGUAAAGCUCUGAGCAAGAGGUGUGUGCUCCUGCCCCAAAUUGUACCGUGGGGUUCCUCUGUAGCCUUGAAACGUGCAAUGUGACCAAUUGUUGGCUGCCAAAAGAAAAAUUCUGGGUUGCACCUCCCUUGUCUUUCUGUGAGUUUCCCAAGCCACAGGUGAGACCUAAUGUAGAAUAUGAAUGUGAUUUGUGGAAACCUUGCCAUUCUUCUGUGGUCCGCCCCAGGCCCCACCCCCUGUUUCUGUUGGUUGCAUGUAGUAGUGGGAAAGCAAAGUGGGCUAGUAUAAGGAUGAGUGUGCCCGAGCCCAUACUUAUCUCAUGUGUGACCUUGAAGAAUUUACUGUGGGCAUGAUACCAGUGAAGCACAUCAUUGCUUUCUAAGUGUUUCACACUUUAUGAUUAUUAUUGUUAAUCAACACCUAAAAUAUGAUGCUAGUAGAGCCAAGUUUAUCCUUUUGCCAGCCAACCCAUUACUAAAUGCAGCCCACCCACCCCUCCCAGAAAUAGAACAGUAAAGUGGGAGUUUAAGUGUGACCCAUCUUCUGUUUAGCUACAGUGCUUAUCGCAGGCCCCAUAAGUCACGUCCUUGAAACCAAGUUGCUUGAUGCUGUGGGCAACUUGGGGAGUGUGGAGUAGAUUACUCCUCAGUAGGACCACUGAGGAACAGGCAGAAGGCACAUGGUGGAAUUAGAUUCAUUUUUUCUUUUUCUAAUUCAUGUUAGUCAUGAACUUGGCUAGAGCUGUAGUAGACAGACUCUCAACUCCCGUAGUUACUACAUGUAGGGAGUGGGCUGGCUGUGACAUUGUACGGCUGUAGCUGAGCGUAAGGCUGUGGAGUAGGAAGACUUUUGCAAGAAAUCUAACACAAGGAUGAAGGCCUAAGGGUCAGGUCUAAACAAAGCCAGAGGUGCUUUGGCAUAUUCCAUCAAUUCCCGUACUUAAUACUUUGUAUAAAUUGGGGUAAACGCACAACUAGCUCAACAUGAAUCUCUCGGAAGCCAUUUGAUUCUCUACCUUUAACAGUCUGGAGCAAACUUGUGGGCACAGCUUUGCAGUGACCAUACAAUUUAGUCAUAACGAUUUAAGCACACCCUGGUUUAGACAUCCUGGGCUCAGUUGGGGGGAGGAAAUAAUGUACUUUCAAAAAGAACAUUUAAUGUUAUGUCUUAGAAUAUAAACUAUAGAAAGUGAAGCUGAGUAAAAUGUACGGAAACUAAUCCUCUCCCAAGCAGUUGGGGUAUAACUGAAUGUUCUAUCAAAGUGUCUAUCAAAAGAGGCCGGGUUCUUUUGCAUUUAGUUUGUAAAAGCAUUCGUGGUCUAUAAUAGCUGGGAUCUUUCUCAAAUUUCUCAGUGAAGAUCACAGCCAAGAACCUUCCCUAGGACCCUAGAACCUGAAAGUACAUAGAGAGUGCCAGAAGGUUGGCAGAAGGAUAGGGGGUCCAGACUGUGUGAAACAUCUGUAACAUAACAGAACUUUCCAUGCAACUAAAAGCAGGGUUUUCGAAGUUGACUAGCCUUUCAACUCUGUGCCUCUCCUUAGGCUUUUCUUUAAGCCAGAACUAACCUCUGAGAGACCCAUUCCCUAUGUUCCCUAAAACUGACUCUAGGCUCUUCCUGGCAGGGAAGAUGUGGAAGAGGCUUUCCGAAAGACUGACUCCAUGGUAACGUUUCUCCCUUCUCCCAUCCUCCCGCCACACACUGGGGAUUGUCCUAGGUGUUCCCUUUCUCUGCCUCUUACCUGCUCUUAGGAGGAGAGGCUGAACCAAGCUGUGGACAUUAGCCCCAACCUUGUGGGGGUUGUUCCCCAAUUCAUGAUUGUGAAGAAAGGUUCAAGCACGCUUAGCCUUAGUCCCUUUUCUCCUUUUGAUCACAAACAAAAACAAAACUCCCUAGAAGUUUGAACCUGGACUCAGCGAUUGGGACGAAGGGGGCCCACCCUGCCCCAGGGUAGGAACGGAGUGGGGUACAAGCAAAGUACCAACUGAGUGAGCAGCAUGCCUGGAUCUAAAGGGGAAGACCCCGACAUGGCAGGAAUCACAGGUAUACAUAUCUAGGCAAUUGCGACACUGCCUUUGGAUUUGAUCAGGACUUUUAUUUCCCCUGAGCCAAACUGCUUUCCCCACUCUGUUGCCCUUUAUUUCUGGGUUACAUAGAUCCCAGUGCUACAGGAGUAGGAUUUCUUGUUUCAGAGGUUCUGACAUUUCACUCACUGAGUGCACCUUGCCCUCUGAAAUGGCACCAGCCUGAGCCAGGAUGAAGGAGAACAGCCUACCUUAGGCCAAUGUCCACUCGUUAUUGACUCCAUGUAUGGCUCAUUAUUAUGGCCACAGUUUGAGGCUAAUGCACGAUGGGUGAAGCCCACAUGAGUGGCCACCAGUCAAUUUGGGGGAAAUGUUGGGGCAUGGGGGAAACUUUCUCAGAACUUCAGGCUUCCUGGAGGUCACUAGACACUAUGAAGGGAGGCAGAGAGAAGUGACAGCUGGUCAGUGCAACUUCACUCUCGAGUUCAGUGCACUAGAAAAGUGAGCUCUAACCUGGUCUUCGUCUCCUUUCAGUUCCUCCACCCUGAGAUGAGGUUUCACACUGCCACCUGCCCAUGAACAGGAUCACAGGGAGAGGCCCACCUCACCUGCCCCAGCUGGGCCCUCACACCUGGCAAGAUUCAUCAUCAUUUGUCCUGAGGUCAGAGUGUCUCAGUGAACCUAGUUCUCUUACCCUAUCUCUUAGAGCUGUCUGAAUCUGGAGUCCUGUCAAUAGUCUUGAAGUGGGUUGGCCCUCCCAUUCUACUUUUACCCCUUUAAUGUUCACACUGUCAUUUGUGGGAGGGAACUGCCCUCAGACAAAAGAAGAGGAGAACCAAGAACGAACCAAGGUUCACAGUUCGCAGGCUACAGACAACCUGCAUGGUGUUUGGCAAUGGCUAGCACGUGUCUUAAAAUAACUAGCCAACAUUCAAAACUUAGGAAACUUUGCAUUCAAAGGUAGAUUUCUGACUUCUCUCAAGAAAUGACAAGUUGUACUACCAUCAACUUCACUCAUAUGCAUGUUUUAGCACCUGAAAGUAGCAGUAAUAUCUGUCUUUGAGACAGGACAUUGCUCCCCAAUUCACUGCACUCCCACCAACAGAGGGAAAGUGUAAAAGACCUUGACUCACAUACUUGCAUCAUUUUUUUUUUUUAAUUUUUUUAAAGAUUUUUUUUUUUUUAAUAGAGGCAUGUUUUUCUUUAUUUAUUUGUUUGCUUGUUUGUUUUGUUUAUACAUGCACUGGGUACAGUCAGAAGCGCGGGAGGGUGAGAGAAUUCACCAGAGCCAGAGCGAGGGGCAGAGCAGGCAGAAGGACCGAAGUACACUGCUGAGGGGAACAGCGGGCGGCA